CCAUUCACGAGGACCAUCCUCUUCUUCCACUUCUAAGAAGCAUCAGGGCAAGACAUUUUUUACAAAGGCAAUUCCACUUCCAGUUGAAUUCCAAGGUCAUGUCUUUGUCGCGUCUUUUGAUGCCUUGGGAUCUCUUUAUAUUGCUCCUGAUCAGCAUUUUUCCUGUAGGCGAAGGCCAUAAAUUGCAGCAGGGACAGCUUUGCAAGUCCACUUGCUCAGCGUCAUGGAAUAUGCAGAAAGGUCAGAGGCAUACAUACAGGUACAGCACCACCAUCACAAGCUCCAUGAAAGGACCCACAUCAGGAGGAAGUCAACUAGCUUUCGACUGUGUGGUCGACAUCGACACGCUUCCAGGAUGUCCAGACAUGCUUUUACGCCUGAGAAAUCCACAAAUUAAGCAAAGCUCUCCGAAAAAGGAAAACUCCGUGCUACGCUUGAAAAACAUACGAGAGGCGCUGGAGAAAAAGCCCCUGCGGUUCCUGCUUCAGGGGGGAAAGGUCACAGCCUUGUGCCCACAGGGAACCGAGCAGGUGUGGGCUCUGAACAUCAAGAGAGCCAUACUGAGCAUGCUCCAGACCUCCCACUCCGGACGGGUCAGAGAGACUGUGAAAGAAACUGAUAUAUAUGGGACGUGCAUCAGUUCCUAUGAGUUGAAGGGCACUUCUCUAGUGAAGACACGGCAUCUGCAGCAAUGCCUGCAAGACAGAGUGAAUGAUUUUUGGCAGAAUUCUGUCCCUCUCAAAGAUGACAGGACAGUGAAUGCCAACCUCAAAUGUACCCAGCACUAUGGCACAACCAUAAUGGACAGGGUGAACUGCACCGAGACGGUGGUACUUGUGCCCUUGUCAGGGUCAUUAGACAUGGCACAGACCAGCACUGUCUCAACCCUGACUCUUUUGAGAACCCUGGAUGGGAUACAAAUAGAUUCAGGGUUGCAUGACGAAGGAUAUUUGACUGAUCUGCAGUUUGACAUGGAUGCUGUGAAACCAAGCCAAAGAGGAUCACGCUUGAUUCAGGAGCUUUCUAGCACAGUGAGGAGGAUUUGCGCUAACUCGGCAGAUCAACAACAGCAAUCAGAUUUGUUUCUGAGUCUGGCCCUACAAUUAAGAACUUUGACACUCCAGCAGCUGAGUGAAGUCUGGCAAGAGGUGUCCUUUAAAUGCCUUGAUGACUGGCAGCCUUUGCUAGAGGCACUACCAUCGUGCGGAUCUGAAGCAUGCAUCCAGUUCACAACAAACCUCAUCCUCAACAAGGAGAUUGGUCAAGAUCAUAUCACCUCCUUCCUUAGUACCGUCACAUUUACUUCCUAUCCUACAUCAUCAAUGAUCAACCAUAUCAGUUCUCUGCUGAAACUUCCUCCGAUUCGUCCAAAGACUUUACUCGCUGUUUCUUCACUUGUCCACCGCUUCUGCCAGAGGGAACGGACUCCAUGUAGUCAGAUCCCUGCGGUCCAAGAGCUUGUGCUGGUUUUGAAGGAGGAUCUAAGACAAAGCUGUGGAGGGCAAGAACCCUUACCAAUUACAGAGCUGCUACAUGUUUUGAAAGCAGUAGAGAAUAUAGGUCUGCCUGAAUUCAUACCUCCGUUGAAAAUUUGUAUUCACAACCACUCGGCACCCGAAGAGCUUCGAUUAGCUGUUGUGCAAGCUUUCAGACACAUCCCCUGUCACAGAAAGCGAGGAGUUCUUGCUUGGACAUACCAGCAGCUUCAAGAGGAUGUGGAGAUUAGGAUUGCUGCAUAUCAGCAGCUCAUGUCCUGUCCUGACCAGGAAGUGUUUAGGAUCGUAAAAGACACCUUAAGCAAUGAAACAUCUACCCAAGUUGGGUCUUUUGUUUGGAGCCAUCUCUUCAACAUCCUGAAAACAGAAGACCCUCUGAAGAAAGACCUAAUGGAGUCAUUGCCACAUGACAUCAUCAGUAAAGACUUUGAGGCUGAACCAUGGAAAUAUUCGUCACACAUGGACAUUACAAUGGAUACUGGAGCGGCAAUUCUCAAUACUGAGGGAGCUUUGGUUUUCUCCCCAAUGUCCUUUCUGCCACGUUCUGCAAUGGCCAAUCUGACAGCUUACAUCUUGGGCAGAUCAUUUAAUAUUUUAGAGGUUUCUUUCAGAAUGGAAAAUGCAGAGUCUUUUCUCUGGAGCAUGUUUGAAGGUCAGCAUGCUGCUACUAAUAAAAGUCCUACAGAUCAAACAGUAUCUACCUCACAUGGGAAGAAAAAGCAGAAAAGAAAUGAGAGCAGGUUGUCUAGUCAACAAGAAAAUGCAAAUGAAAACGAAGACUGCAAGUCCAACAUAUUAAGUCCUCUCAAAUCUAAGUUCACAGGAAAGAGGAAAAGCCACAAUGAGUUUCAAUGCUGGAUUAAUGUGAAGAUGUUUGGUAAUGAUCUCACAUACAUGACCUGCAAUGAAAUGCUUGGCAAAUUGAGAGAGCUCUCGCUCAGUGUAGCUGGUUUCACUGUGAAGCUUCUGAAGGGUCAGGAGGUUAAGUUAAACCACAGGGCAGUUGUGCUGGCAGAAGAUCUGGUCUUACCAUCACUUUCAGGGUUGCCCAUAAAGCUGAACAUCAACAUGUCCUCUUUUUAUUCACUCUGGGUGAAAGGUAGUGCUAACUUUAAGGACUGGUCUCAGUUCUCCUUGGCUGGAUAUGUUAAACCAAAGGCAUUUGUUGACAUCUCAGCAAGAAUGGGAGUGGAUGGAGGUUUUGGUCGAGUUGGAUUGGAGUGGGUCACCCAAUUCAGAACAUCCACCACCUUGGAUGGAGGCAUCUAUGUGCACAAUGGACAAAGUUUGAAGAUGGUUCUCAACACACCUGAUGAUGUUAUGGAAAUUUUGUCCUUUAGUUUCAGAAUGUAUCGCAUAAGUGGAGAAAGUAGAGAAGAGCUCACACCAAGGAAUCUCAAAGAGAAGACUACCUGUUCUCCAAAAACAUGGUCAAAGAUGCUUGGAUGGCAAUUAUGCACUGAUGUCACCUACCCAGUGCUGCUGAUGGGAAAAAGUUUUCCACCUCCUGGCCCAAUGAUCUUUAGCUUGAGGCUUCAAAAACUGGAUAGAGUCCUUCAAAAGUACCUUUUAGAAGCAGCUUAUUCCUUUGUUCCCAAGCAAAACUCCUGGAUCCCACGUGAAGCCAACCUUCUCAUCUUCCUUGGAACCCCACAAUCCACUAUCCCCCGAGAUAUAUCUUUGGACUUCAAUCUCAAUCCUCAGAGGCUAAUUCUUAAAAUUGUUCACCCACAGAAAUCCAUUCUGAUUCAAGGGCAAUUUGAUGAAGUGAAUGGUCAGAGGUCAGGUAAAGCUGAAAUACUAAUAGAUGACAAGUACCAUUAUUAUCUAAAGGGAUUGAUAGAGACUCUGAAUCUACCAUCAGAAAAGAGAACACAAUACCAGCUGGAGGCCAAGUUUGCAGCAGAUGGGCAUCCAGUCAUACUCUCUGCUAAUGUCACACAUGGGCUCAACAGGAAGAUCAAUGUCUCUGCUAAGUUGAAAAAUGUCUUCAUUAAGGAUGCUGCCUUUUCAGUGCAGGUGGAGCGGAGGCAGGAUGAAGGCAAGAGGCAGUACUCAUUGGAUGCAGGUCUCCUGUUGCCUUACUUACUUAACACCAGGAUAUUAGGACUACUUGAAAACAGGGGGUUGGAGUGGACCUCUGGCUUGAGGAUCAGAUAUGGGGUGCAAGAGGAUUCAGAAAACACGCAAGAGUGCCACAUGUCUCAAAACCUGAGACAUGAGGUCAAGCCAGCUGAGAAGCACUAUGGCAUGACAGUAGAGCAUGAACUCCAAUGUUCCCACAUGACAUUUAUCAACCACAGGAUUCAGAUGCAACAUGAAAGGAGCCCCAUUCAUAUCCAGUCUUCACUUGACCUGAGCUAUGGCAAUCACUGGAACCAAGGUAGCAACAAACAAAGAGUCCUCUUGAAUCAGUCCAUCAGGAACCAGUCUGGACCGAGUCUUACCAGUUAUGCUCUAGAGUUUAGCUUACGAAUCCCAGACAAAGGACUGAAUUGCAAAACUCAGUUCCUAUACUCCCACCAGAAAAGAAGGCAGUCUGAGAUGAGCACCCAUCUGAAGGUCAAUUAUAAUGACCAGAUUCCCCUAGUAGCUGGGCUUCAUUGGAAAGACAUGUCUGCAAAAUCUUCAUUACGGAAAUGGGAAGGGUCCUUAAACAUGGACACACCUUGGAUGUAUGUCUACAUGGCUCAUAAGUUAUCUCAGCUCCAGCAUGGUACUUCCCAGUUCACUUCUGAAAUUACAACCCGCAAGAUGAUUACGAUUAGCAACUUGAUGGUGGAUGGUCUCUACAGGGAAAGGGGCAGAGACAGAGAGGGGCACUUAUAUAUAUUUACACCAACAGUCACCUAUAUGAAGGUUGGUGGCUACAUCGUAGCGGGAAAACGUAGAGUUAACGCCUCGUGUUCUAUCAGUACAGCUUGGAUGCCAACCUUGAGAGGUGAGAUUUCACUGGGGAAUGGAAAAGAGCUAAAGACUCUAGAUAUGAGCACCGGCUAUGGCAAGGAGAACCUCAACAUCUCUGCAAGCCUCAACACUGUAGAUAAGAAGCUUAAGAAGAGGUUCUUGAUGAUGACUAUAACUCUAUCAGACCUAAACAAUUCUUACUUUGAGCUGGAUAUUGGUGGUAGGGUGGAAGAGAUGAGGAAGGAUGUGAACUUGUAUCAAAAACGAUGGGUUCUACACUUCAGGCAGCCAUAUAAGUUCCUUCCACAAAGUCUACACCUGCAGAAGACAUUCACCGUUGAUCUGCAUAAAGGAAUCUACAUUUUUGAGUCAAAGCUGCUGCUUAGCGACAACCGAAAAGCUAUUCAUGUGCUGACUCUUGGAUUUCGACCACAGCACUUUCAACCAUAUGUGUGUUCCUCCCUGAUUAAUUCUUUUAACUUGGAAAAUGUCCCACAAGACUUGGAAAUUUGCAUUAGUAUCUACAAAAACCAGACUAUGCAAGUGCUGCAAGGGAGGAUGCUGAUCGCUAAGAAGGAGAAGGUGCUGGUUCUGGGUCAGGUCCAACUUUAUGAUGAAGGUUCUCAGCAAGGUGUUGUAAUCAAAGUCAACCUUACUCAGUUGCUACAGAUGAAAAUUCCCUCCUUGGUAACUUUUGAUGGUGAGGCGAUGAGAAGUUACAGGACGAGUAAAGACUUUAAAUACAUCGCAAAAGGAAAUGUGGCCAUCGAUGACAAGGACUAUGAUGCAUAUUUGUCAUUAGAGAAGACUCCUUCUGGAAAUAUCAGUAGUUCUGGAUAUCUGAGGUCUGAUGGCAAGAUAAAUGCUAUGCUAGAUGUUUCUCUAGCUAAUGCUAUACGAAAGAACGUUCACGCGGUCGACUUGACCCUCAGCUUUCAGCAAACUUUAUUUCCACCGGUCAUCGCGGAACUCCACCUUCAUCUCAGUGCAAACUCUUCUUCAGACAGUUUCUUUGUUUUGUGUGCACUGAGAAAGAGUGAUGAGGUGUUUCAGGCUCAGCUGAAUGCAGCUCUAGAGCAAAACCCUGGACUCCGGUUAUCUCUUUUAGGGGACUUGAAUGUUUCACUGUCUGGCGUUUCAGUCCUGACGCAUGUCUCCAGUUUAGCAGGACUGCUGGAUCAGGCAAAGUGUCUGACUGAGGGAUACCUGACGUUAACAGUAGACCAAGCUGUAUAUCGUGUGGAGAUGAAACACACAAAGUCUAGGUUUAAAGAAGAAACAAAUGGGUCUGAAAGUGCCUGGAUUUGUGUCCUGGCUCAGGAGAAGUCCCUCUGCAUGAACAUUAGCAGGAUCUUUAUAGAGCAUGAAGAGAAUGCUCUCCAAGCCCAACUCGAUCACUCCUUUCCUUUGUUGCUCUCAGCAGGAAUCCCGUUUACCACCAGCUGCAUGGUGGAUGUGAAGCAGUGUAAAAGUGGUCUGUCUGCUGAGCUUGUGCUCCAUGCUGGAGCCCAAGAGCUGAAGCUCAUGCUGCAGAGAAGACUGCACAACUCUACAGAAAUUGCCGGGCAUUUACUGGUGAACUGCAUGGGGAGGAUCGGACUAGACCACCUGCUGGGUUACUGCUACUCAGAGGCGCUGGAUCAGUCGCUUAGGAUGGAGAUACAGGCUAAUCUCUCAGAUUCCAUCCAAAUUCUGCCAGAAAACCAAGGAACCCUGUCAUUGCUACUUAAGAUCCUGGGACACCACUUAACGCCCAGCACUGGCCUGAUGGUUAAUGUUCACCACAACAUUUCUUCUCUACAACCUUAUGUCCCGUUUGGGUUUAACACCAAGUCACAGCUGAAUCGAUCGUCUUCUUCGGUUAAGGCCGCAGCAGAGUUAGUGAUAGACGAUCAUGGGAUGCGUUUUAAAGGACAGGCUUCACAGACAAAGCUUGGAUUCAAGCAAGUGUUCGAGCUUUACCACUCUUUACCUCAGCUGAUGACCGUUCCAUCAAGUCUUUUAGUCAAGACAUGGUAUGCCGGACGCAACGGAUCGCACGUCCUCACACACCAAACACAGUGGAUGGAUGAAAACUCACCUGCACCUACAGGGCUACAGCAAUGGAAAUCGAGACAGAUAGAUGAAUUCGGGCCUCAGACUCGAGGAUGGGGGCUGGAAGUGAGGUUUGAGAAUGACACUCAGAGCAAACGUGGCAACGUUGUCAUCGAAUGGGAUCUGACUGGAGCACAGGAGCAGAUACAAGCUACAGGUUCUUGGAACUCUGCAGGCACACAGAGCGAAGCUGUGCUUGAGCUCAAACAACCUUUUACGCCUGCUCUCCCAUACGUACACCUGCAAGUGCUGUCACAUGACCACGAACAAGGACAUGGCAGGAACAAUCAGCUCCAUCUGUCCUGGGAUCAUGGGACGCCUGUGAACGUCUCUGUAACAGUUAAUAACCAGAGCCACAAGGACUUCAGCAUGAUGCAGGCGUGUGUUUUUGUCUCACCGGGACAGAUGCGGUCAGUUCUCCCUCUUGUGGAGGCCCACGGCUGCGCCUCCAUGGCACAAGAAGGAAAAUUCUCCUUCUCUCAAAACGCAGAGCUCAAGUGGGGUGACAAGAAAAUGAUUCAAAGCAUGAAAUAUCAGAAAACUGACAGAGGAAUGCACACUGUCCAGAUGGAAACUUCAGCCCAGAACAUCUCGCCUGGUCCAUGUUCUUCUCAUACACUCCGAGCUCAGAUACACUCUAAUCUCAAAGACCUCCUGGAACACCAUGUCCUUCUGGGGCUCUGUCCUCCACAACCGGCUCUGUCUUGGUCAGGUUCUCACCGAGUGAAUUCAGGGAAGGAUUUGCUGUAUAGUCACACCAGCGUGUCGCUUUCUGACCAGACCCAGAACAAUGCAUUUGUUUUGGCACUCAGGAACACCAGCAGUGCUCAACGUAGCCACUACUCCCUGCUCACUGAGUGGAAAAUGGGAAACUGGAGUAUUGAGCUGGGAGGAAAUGUACACACCACGAGCAGAAACUCAGCGCUGCAGGUUCAGGCGAAACUUGACCGCAACGAGCUCGUCUGGCUGCAGACCAUGCUGGGAAAGCGCUGUUUACAAGCUGCUGCUGGAUACGACGGUGAUUCAUCUGAUGACCUCCGGAUGACCCUUUGCUUGGAAGGAAACCACUGGUUAACCUUCAAGACCCAAAGAGGAGGCAGCGGCAUGGAGAACGAGACAUUAGCACUAAUCUCCAUGGGAGCGGUGGAUCGCGGCCUGGUCUUUCGCGCCAAGGGAUGUGAGGCAUGCUUAGCCGCGACAGAGGCACGGCUGCAACAGUUAGGCACGCACAUGAAGAAGAAGCUGCUGCAGAGAGUUCAAAGGCUGCACCAUCUUCUUCUGGACUUCAGGAGACAGGCCGGAGGAAAUGAGCCUGUGCAGGAGCUGAGCCAGUCGAUCCUGCACAUGAUGCGCCGAGCCGAAAACCUGCUGCUGCAGAGAGGGUCGUUGCCGUGGGACCUCUGGAUGUCUGGUUCUGUCCGUCACGCGUUCACACACAGCCUUCCACGAACGCUCCAAAUUCUACAGCACAUGUCUCAACUCGUACAGCAAGAGCUGAGAAAGCCGUUGGCCACUCUUGCCGGAGCGUACCAUGACGUUACUGGAGAGCGUCUGGACGUGAUGUGGCAUGGCUUACUGGACAUGUGGGGUCGAGUCCUGGAGCAGAUGCUGCCUGCAGUUUUACAUAAUCACCACCUUAGGACGCCAUCAAUAACCGCUCUCCGCACUGCCAUCACCGCAGUGGACCUGGUCAUGCAGCACACAGUCCAGUGGGCCGAGUCCAGACUGGCCAUGAUGUUAGUAGGAUUUAGAAGACAGCUUGCUUUCAUGUACAAGUUCUCUGAAAGGGAAGGGGAAAUGACAGUGAGUCUUCCUGUACCACGUAAUCCAUGGACAAAACGGUCAGUGGUCAGCAUAGCAGAAGUCAUUGUGGAGGAGUUCCUCAUGAAGCCUCUGCUCUCACUGAACUCAGCGAGCAUCACAGCGGAGCUCUACAGGCUGAAGAGGAAACUGAUGGACAGUCCUUUCAAUCAUCAAGCGUUUCUUGUGGCUGAUGGAUUCAUCGUGUCAUUCGAUGGACAAGUGUUAAAGAUACCAGAUUCCUGUGACCUUGUCUUAGCUGCUGAUGUCACCACGAAUGCAUUUGUGAUCACUUUAAAAUCGGACCAAAAAGAAAAGCAGCAUUCCCUUAUGGUUCAACUGCAAAACACCACCAUUAUUGUCCGUCCAAAAGGGCAGCAGAUGGAAGUGGAUUGCCGUAGCAUACACACACCCUUCACUAAUUCUGACGUGACUGUGACCCGAGAGCUGAACCUCCUUACAGUGUCCAAUAGAAAAGGAUUACUGGUGACAUGUGACCCCUCUCUAAGCACUUGCAGUGUAACUCUAGAUGGAUGGCUGCAUGGGAUAUCCAGAGGACUUCUAGGAACCAAUGAUAACGAGGUGGGAAAUGAUUAUUUACUGCCAAAUGGCUCACAGGCCCACAGCAUGGACGAGUUCACGCAAGGAUGGAAUAUGGGUUCUAACUGUGUGAGUGUGGAAUCUGAGUCUUGCACGAACCGAAUGGCAGCCAACCUGUCCUGUUCGCUUUUCUUCUCCUCCACCAUGUCUCCUCUCAGCUCCUGCUUUAGAGUGGUAGACCCUAAGCAGUUUCUCAUGAUGUGUGAAAGGAGCCAGUGUGAUGCUCUAGAUGCUACCAGGACCUCUGUGUGCAAGCUGGCAUUAGCAUAUGUUCAGUUGUGCCAUAGAAACUAUAUUCCUCUGGAGUUACCUAUACAGUGUGCAUAAGGAAAGCCUUGAAGAAGCUGAAGAAGUUUUAACUAACAAACAUUCACUACGCAUAACCACUUUAGACACCUUCGAAAUGAAUCACAUUCACGGUAUCUUCUCCUUCUUCUACUUUUAACAUCUGCAGCGCGAUGAAGACCAAUUUUCAGGAUUAACAAGCCUCCAAGCGAUCUGGACAAAUGUACGCAAGGGUUGUUUCAACCAAAACCAAAAGGCAUAAAAAUUUUAUACGCUCAAUAAAAAAAAAAAAAUGGAGCAAGGUGUGUCCCCCAUAUGUCCGAAUCAGCAUGCCUUGUCCUUUCCUUUGGACUUGGAAACCGCAGCCAGGAAAAACAAGUUGUAAAAUUUGAAGGAGAAAUAUCCAUUAAAGAUAGAAAAUAUUAAAAAAAUGAUCUUUUUUUCCCCAGAAGGGAACAUCAGUGUGAAAAAAAUCUCCAUGCUAAUAAAUCUUUAGAGAAGAUG